AUGAAUUUCCCACAGGUAAACACAAAGACUGAACACUUCAAAUUUAUACUAGAGGGAUUUUCAAACAAAUGGAAUGUGUGCUAUGAAGAGCGUUUCUGUAUGAUACUACAACGUCUUAUUCGAUCGGAGGCCAUGUCACAUGAGUUACAAAUUGAGCAAGCAUUCAACCGGUUGUACCAAAUGUGCCUAAUUGAAGUUUCUCCCGAUGUCACUCUCAUGGAAUGCUAUGUCACCUUCAAGGUAUUGAAGGAGAGGUUCCGUACGUUUUCUUGGCUGAUAGAACAAGACGAUGUUGUUUACGACGUAACCAUGGACAAGGUCUACCUCGAUGACAACCAGAAGGAAACGGCUAAACAUCACUGGCCAUUAGCACAACACUAUAUUAAUUGUCGAGAACCAAUUUGGGAUACUUUGAAGACAACAUUCGGCACAAUAAUCCUUGAACAAUACCCGGGUGAAGAUUUGAUAAAGCGCCACCCAGACUUACCGAGUCUAGACCAAUUACUCGAUGAUUACGUGGCGGAAGCUAGUCGUAUGGCUGGUCGCAGAAGGCCUCGACGUUAA